AUGGAAAACACAUUCACACGCAGGCAGCAGCAGCAAUCUAGUCCUCGCCUUCUACGAAGCAGAAGUGGAACAAUUAUUCCGACCAUAGCCUUGCCACCAAACAAGAGCCAAAGAUUCACCACCCCCCGCUCAAAAUCCACCACCAAAUCACGAACCACCAGUAAGAAUCACCCGGAAGAGAGAGUUUUAGUUCUAACGCAAAACAAGGGUCAAGAAAAUGCUAUUAGACAACAAGGUACUAAUUUAAAUGUAACUACUAGUAGUUUUGGUAAGUUGUUGCCCCGUGGGAGUACUAGUCCUAGUCCCCGCCCUAGAAUAUUGUCGGUGCCACCUCCACGGUCUCCGUCCGCAUGGGCAUUAUCUCCGGGACGAUAUUCGCCGUGCAAGGUGGCACCGGAGUCACCAGCUGUUUCAACAAAAGCAGCGAGGGUUAAAUCUUGUGGUGGCGGCGGCAGCGGCAGUGGUGUGAGUGGGGUUUUGAAGUAUUUUAGGCUGCAGAAGAAAGUGUCACCUAUACAAGAGGAGGACUUCCACCGGUUUCGUCUUCUGCAUAAUAGGCUGCUUCAGUGGAGAUUUGCUAACGCCAGAGCUGAGGCUUCCCUGCUCGUCGCAAAGAGAGUUUCACAGGCUAAAAUAUUUAGCGUGUGGCUUAGAACAUUGAAAGUGAGAAACUUCAUCCUAGAGAAGCGAAUGCAAAUGCAAAAGCUUAAGCAUGAGAUAAAGGGGUACCAGAUUCUGAACCCACAAAUUUUCCUACUGAAUGAAUGGGGAAAAUUGGAUAGAAAAAAUCAAGAAUCUGUGAGCAGGUUGGUCAGAAAAUUGUCUGGAAUUUCAAACACCAUCCCUUUGGUCCAUGAUGCUAAGGCUGACGUGGCGUCUGUAUACGAAGCCAUGACCACGGCCAUGCUUGUCAUGGAAGGGCUUGAAGCAAUGGUCACUAAGUUGCUCCCGCAGCUCAGAAAAGGUACUUUACCUGGUGACGGAGCUCCUAAUUGCGCAGAAACAACAGAGAGACUUGGAGGAGAACAUAACUAUGGUUGCUGCACUUGUGGAGGAGGAGGCAAGUGUAAGAGCACAUCUCAUCCAACUAGAGAGUCAUGGAGCUGA